UGGCUGUCCUGAAUGCCUCGGUCCCCUAGCAAUUGAGGAUGCGAGCAGCUACUGAAAAAACAACUUUUCCCCGACCAUCUCUUCCCCUGGAACUCCAUUCGUAAGGUGCGGAGGAUACUCUUGCAUCUUACCAGCCUCUAAAUAUCCCUUCCAUCCAGGUUAAAUCCCUCUAAUUCGCCUAUUUAAAGUAGUUUCGCGAAGUAGCCCUCGGUGUCGCUGUCUGUCCUGAGCGAGGUUGAGACAGCCAGCACAUCCAAAUGGCCGAACCGAGAAAAGUACAAUUUGUCACCCUAUCGGCCUUUGCCGCUGGUCCAGCCACUGAAUCUAGGAAACGCCGGUUGGACGACGAGGCCGACAAAAACUUUGAUGGAGAUCAAGGGAUUGGCAAGUCCACGACCGGGGCAGGAGGAGAUGGUGGAUUGUUCGGCAAAACUGGCGACAGAGACGGCGUUGAACCCAACAGAGCAACCGUGCGAUUAAACCUUUCUCUCUCCGAGCCAAACGACCAGUCGUCGGCCGAGUUCAAUUACAGCGAACUCAUUCAAUCCCUUCAGAAGAAGACACAGAAACCCAAACCCAUACCCACACCCACACCCACCCAACCCGCUCUUGACCCAAAUGACCCCUUCAACGAUGACGAGAGGGAGCGCCAGCAGGUGGAGGCUUUAGCCAAGAAGUUUGAGAAUAAAUAUGGCAAUAGUGGUAAAAAGAAAAGGAAGGACCGCAUGCAGGACCUGAUAGACAUUGGGUUUGGAUAUGACGAGAGUGACCCUUUCAUUGAUAACUCGGAGGCAUACGAUGAGCUGGUUCCAGCGUCGUUAACCACCAAACUCGGUGGCUUCUACAUCAACACGGGUACAUUGCAGUUUCGCCCCGCCUCUGAGUCGGAGGGUGAGGAUGAAGGCAAGGUGGCCACACCAGGGGGUGGCGAAGUUCAGAUGAUCAAGAAGCGGAAGCGGAAAGAGGGGACAAUUUUGGAGGAGAAGAAACCCAGAAAGAUCAGAGUGCCUAAACAAGGUGUGGCUGGAUUGAACCUCCACCGGCCAGAGAAGAAGAAGAGGAAGAAGCUGAUGAAGGACUCUCUGUACCUGGCGGCCAUGCUGCGGCGCUUCACCCGCGAGAAGGAGGAGCUGCGGCACAAGAGCCCGGCCGCCGCGCACCACCUGGGCCUGGCCAGCGCCCCGCACGCCAACCACAUGCUCCACAACUCCGGCCUGUUGCCCGGCAACAGCCUGGCCGCCGCCGCCGCCGGCAGCGCCGACAUCUCCCUCGCCGACCUGACCGCCGACCCGGCCAUGAUGUCGCUGCUGAGCUCGGCCAACGAGAGCGAGCUGCAGGACCUCCUGGGCGACCUGGACUUCAGCCUGCUGGACCCGGGCCCCCUGACGGCCAGCCCCGCGCGGGAGAACGGGCUCAUGGGCGUGGGCGUGUCUCCGGGGCAGAAGGCGGGGCAGGGCAGAGGGCAAGUGGGGCUGGGGGUCGGGGCCGGGCUCCUGUCCCCUCCUCCGCUGCCCGCCGGGCUGCCUCCGCCGCUCACCAAACGCAUUGAGGACCUACGGACGGCCUCACGGCAGUUUGACCAAGAGGGGAGGAAGAAGUUUUUUACCUUGGAUAUGAACAAUAUUUUGCUUGAUAUUGAGCUGCAGGUCCAGGAGCAGCCGGCGGAGGUGCGCUCAGCCAUCUACUCCCACAUGGAGGCGUUCGUGCCCUGCAACAAGGAGGCCCUCCUCAAACGCCUCAAGAAGCUCAGCCUCAACAUCCAGGACGACCGUCUGCGCACGCCCCUGUUGAAGCUGAAGCUGGCCGUCUGCAGCGUCAUGCCGGAACAGAUUGCAAGAUACAACAUGGACUGUGUGGCCAAGGCUGCUGCCAAGCAGCAGUCUGAGGAGGGAGAGAAGAAUGGUUCUGAGGAGGAGGAUGAGGAGAAGCCUGGGAAGAGGGUGAUGGGACCACGAAAGAAGUUCAUCUGGGACGACAAACUCAGGUCUCUGCUGUGUAACCUGGUGCGGGUCAAGUUGAGCUGUUAUGAGCAGGAGCCGCAGGCGCCCCUGUCUGUGGAGGACUACCUCAAGGCCUUCAUGGAGAACGAGGUCAAACCGCUCUGGCCCAAGGGCUGGAUGCAGGCCAGGAUGCUGUUCAAGGAGAGCAGGAUUGUGCACGGCCACCUUACUGGACUGGGCAAGAAAAGGGUGGUUCCAGGUCCCAAAGCCAUUAAAGCCAAGGAGGGCGUCUGGAUCCCGAGGCCCGGCCCGGUCGGCGUGAGCCCCUCUCCCUCCACGCCGGUGAUCGUCCGCCGGCCGCCCACCUCCCCCUCGGAGCCCAUCUGCCUCUCCGACUCGCUGGACGAAGACCUGGCCACCAACUCGCUGGACUCCAUCUCGCACGCCCUGGCGCUGCUGAGCAACGCGGCCAAAGGCCUGACCCAGACCAACGGGCCGCCCGUCUCCUCCUCCUCCAUGGCGCCCGGCGUCCUGUCGCUGGCCCACUUCGCCUCGCCCCUGUCACAUUCCCUGCCGGCGCCGCUGGAGAGCCCCGUCAUGUCCCUGGCCAACAUGAGCACGCUAACUACCUCUCCCUCGCUGGCGUCCUCCCCGGCGCUCUCCCGCCCGCUGACCCUCGCCUCGUCCCCCUCCGGCGCGUCCCGGGCCGAGGUGUACGGCCUGCUGAAGGACGCCGGGGCGCUGCCGCCGGCCCAGAGACACUCCAUGACGGCCGCGCACCGCCUCAACUCCCCCUCCCCCCCCAAGCCGCGCCCGCCGCCCACCGCCUCCCCGCUGCUGCCCCCCCAGCAGAAGUCCUUCUGCCCCCCGGGGAUGAAGGCCGGCCAGGCCACGCCGCCGCCCGCCCUGCCCAAGAGCUCCGCGGGGAAGGCCGGCGCUGGAGGCUCUCAGCAGGCCCGCAUCAACUCGCACCUCUCGCAGCUCAACGCCAAGAGCCCCCAGCAGCCCCAGCGGCUGCCCGGCUCGCCCUCCCCCGUGCCCUCCUCGCCCGCCUCCUCUCACCCGCAGCCCAAGGCCGCGCACGCCCACCCCCAGUCCAACUUCAUCACCCCCAUGCAGGCCACGCUGACCAAGUCCUCCCACAGCAGCAGCUCGCCCAUCAUCAAGUUGACCCCGCGACCCCCCGCCCCGACCCCUCCCCCGGCCUCCUCCCCGUCGCCCUCUUCCUCCUCCUCUUCCUCCUCGCCCUCUCUCGCCCACUCCCGGCCUCAGAUGCUGGCCAACUCCCACCAGUACAGUGCCAAGGGCGCAGGUUUCCGACCCCCGUUCACAGCACAGGGAGGCUCGUCCGUCAAGCCCGGCCAGGGGAUCUACAGUUUUGCGGGCGGCCAGAAGGCCUCCACCCCUCUGAGUGGAGGGGGAGGAAACGCUAACCCCAGCCCCAUAGGCACGCCCCCUUCCAGCAGUCAGCAGGACAACAGCCCCUCCCCCUCUGGGAUCUCCACCAAUCACGGACAGAGGCAGAGGUCCGUGGGAGGUUCUGGUCAGAGUGCCAAAGCUGUGGCCAGUCGGAUGCCAGCCUCCACUCUGGCCUCAACGCUGGCGUCCACACUGGCCUCAACGAUGCCCUCGUCAGUCGUCACUUCACACCUGUCACAGAUCUCCACAGCGGCGGGCACCAACCUGCUGGGCCCCUCUCUGCCCCUGGGCUUCGGCAUGCUCGGGGGCCUGGUGCCCGUCUCCCUGCCCUUCCAGUUCCCCCCGCUGCUCAACUUCAGCCCGCCCGGUGCCCCCGGCAGCAUGGGCACCUCCGCUGGCGCCAACUCAGGAUACACCCUGGCACAGAAUACAAACCAAAGCCAGGGUGGAGACGUGAAGAGGAAGAGCCACUGAGCGGCCGCCCGGCACUCUGAGCACCACUGAAGCCACAUCAUCAGCGCUGACUGACCCUGCAGUGGGACACUGCAAAAGGAUACAAUUUGUUUCUUUCUCCUUCUUGAUGGACCUAACGCAUUAAUGACCCUCAUUCUAAUUAUUGUCAUUAUAUUGAUUACUGUUUUGGAAUGUUAGGAAGGGUGACUGCGUUUUUUGUUUUUAUUUGAUUUGAUUUUUUUUGUCAACAUGUUUACAUGACAGACCUUUAUCACUGUGGAGAGAGAGGGGGAGUGUAGGAGAAGAGAAGCUAUAUAAUUUAAUUAGUAUUUAAGUCAGUGUUGGCCGACUUUCCUGUGUAAAGAGUUGUUGAAUAGGACUUCUAUCUCUGUUUUUGAUUUUAAUUUGUAGAGAAAACGACUCCCUCUCUCCGUCUGUGGGGUGGUAGUCCUCUGUUCUGUUGCCCUUUCCUACAAACAGACUGUUAAUACAGUAGCUAUUAAUAUGGAUAAAUUAUUUAUCAUUUUCUCACAGGGACAUAAAAUUAUGAUGUGUGUGAGUGGGUUAAUAUGGGUGUAUGUAUAUAAAUAUACAUAUAUAUAUAUAAAUAUAAUAUGCUCUAUUUUCUUUCCAGGUCAGUAUGGUGUGUGUGUGUGUGUGUGUGUGUGUGUGUGUGUGCGUGCUCAUAUCCCCCUUUCUUACACAGUGUCUUUGGUGCUGUACAUUACACUGGACCUUGAAAUGGAAAAAAAGAAACUUGAAACGGUGAAAUGGCUCUUUUUUGAUGAUAAACUGAGCAAGACGCAUCUGUGGGAAGUGUGUGUGUGUGUGUGUGUGUGUGUAUGUGUGUGUGUGUGUGUGUGUGUGUGUGUGUGCGCGUGUGUAUGUGUGUCACAGGUGGAGAGAUUGUCUUUAGUCUACUUGAACUUUUAUUUCUGAAAUAUUUCAUUGCUUAUCAAUACAAAUCUCCAAUACUCAAUACAACUGAUCGCCUUAGUUUGUAUGUUUGAACUAUGCAGGACUAUUUCUGGCUCAUGCACAAGCACAGCCUCACACGCCUCAGCUACUGCGCUCAGCUCCUCCUCUCCUCUCCGCUCCGCUCCGCUGGUGGCGGCGACCGGAGGACCGCUCGGUUUCUUUUCUGUGCAGGGCGUCUGUCUCUCAGACUUGUACGUGUAUCUCUCAGCUUCCGCUGACAUACCUCUUGUGGAAAACUCAGUUCUUCCUGCAUUUAAGCUACUCAUCCUCCUCAUGUACCGAUUACUUCCUCUAGCAUCACUCACUCCUGUGGGGUUCUGACCGAUUGAAUGAACAGUGGCGCCAAAGAAAAGUUGGAGGAUGGAUCUCUGUCAGCUCACGAGUUGACAAACAAAAAAAAAUAUUGUGUGUGUGUGCGUGCGCAAGUCUGUGUAUGUGUGUUCAUUUGAUCAUAGUCUUGAAAAAGAUGUACUUAAGUGUUUUUCUCAGUGGUCUGUCUGGAUGUUGUGAAAGGAUUUUUUUUUUCUAAAAAGCCACAUAGGUUGAGAACACUUGGGAGUCACAUUCUGACAAUAUUACAUUUCACUGUCUUUGACUCCCUUAUUUUUAUCUUUUUAUUUUGUAGAUUAUUUUUGUGUGUUGAUUCUAAAAUAAAAAUAUGCUGUCA